CAAGCAAUCACGCAUUAAUCGCAGCCAUUUACAACACCAUGACUAAACAACCAGCCGUCAUAAUUAUUGCACGACAUGGCGCUCGACUCGAUCAGGCAGACCGCAAUUGGGUUCUGGAUGCCCAAAAACCCUACGACCCGCCUUUGUCUUACAGCGGUUGGAUGCAGUGUCAGACUCUCGGCGUGAGAAUCAACAACGAGUUACACAACCUCGACAGCGCAGCUGGCCGCGGCCGGUCGACCUCACAGAAAGGCGACACUUCCCCUGAAGACGAUCCACCACCCCCGAAGAAACGCAAGAUCAUUAUCCACUCUUCCCCUUUUACAAGAUGUAUACAAACUUCGGUGGCAAUUGCCGCUGGCAUCCAACAUCCGCAAAAUCACACAGGACCCCGAUAUAGGAGCCGACCGCGAUCCUCUCGAUCUGCAUUAUCUCCCACCGAACAGCCAGACCCUAUCUCCCAAACACCUGAGCCUGAACCCAAUUCCCUCCGUCGAACCUCCAGCAAAGAUCGGCAGAGCACAAAUCGUCUUGGAUACAACACUUGCCUUCUUCGAAUUGACGCCUUUCUCGGAGAGUGGCUUUCCCCAGGCUACUUUGAAAAUGGACCUCAACCACCCCCAUCAGCCGUUUUGACCUCCGAGGCCAAGUUCAUGCUGCAAGAGCCUCAAGAGGAGAUCAAAGGCGCCGACCUAUCACAGUCAUUCUCGUCCGACAUGUCAUCGGUCGAUGGAGAAGAAAAGGAAAAUGCCCCGUCAUCAACGUCCACCCAAGAAAAGACUGGAUUGAGGGCGAUGGCGGCGGCUGGUCAUUCAUUUCCCAAGAGGGCACGCAACAUUUCAUUCGGCACCGAACUUGCCAACGGCGCUCGAAUACUCAAUCGAGCCCUACGACAAGCCGUAGGGUAUACGCCUCCAAUGCCAAACUACGCCAUAGCCGCCUCUGCCAACAUUCCGCCUGGCUUUGUGGCUCAUGCUAGGGAUGGGUGUAUCCAACUCGACAAAGAUUGGGACAGCCAAAACGAGCCAUUGAAUUGGGGAGACGGCGGCCCAUUUGGAGAGGAGUGGAGUAGCAUGCACCGACGAUUUCGAACCGGUUUCCAGAAGAUGGUGGAUUACUAUGAAAAUCUUGGUAGUUCGGACUCUGCUGACGCCGGCGAAGACGAUAUUGUCCUCGUGUUGGUCACUCAUCAGGCUGGCUGCAACGCCCUGAUCAGGCUUCUCACCGGCGCUCCAGCUUUACAUGAUAUUGGCACAGCGUCUCUGACCCUUGCUGUUCGACAGCCCAAUGUUGAGGCAAGCGCCAAAACGGCAGUGUCUCCAACUAGAAGGAGGGGCUCGCUGGAUUGUGGCUUCGCCGACGACUAUGAUGUCAAAAUCAUAGCGUCAACCGACCAUCUUCGUGCCCCUUCGAAUCCACUGGGGCUGAAUUCACCGCGACUGGGAAUCUCUCCAGCCCUGGCGAGUCGACGAGUGGUAGGGGCUGACUCGCCAGAAGGACUGAGCCUUGGGGAGCCUCUGACAUCACGUGGGUCCAGUGGCCCCAGCCUGACUCGAAGUCUAAGUCAAAGGGCGUCGAUCGCCGAAGGGAUGCCAUUGCCUGCGAAUCCUACAGGCUUGUGGCGACGAGGUAGUCGAUACUCUCGCGACGAGUCGCCAGACCCGAGCGACUCGGGUGCUACGAACAGCGCUCGUAGCGGCACAACGUCAGAGAGCAUCCCAGAAGAGCAUGGGGGCGGAGCAGUUUCGGACAAAUCAAAGCUCAACAAUCAGCUCCUCCCCGUUAGAAGUGCCAGUCAACGCGGGCUGUGGGGCGGGGAGGCAAUCACUAGAGACCGAAGCCCUGGUAAGCGAAGAUGGACUGCGGUGGAGAGGUCACCUUGAAAGGCUAGCUCGUUAUCAGGGCUGCAUAGUUACGAUUCUUGGAUAGACGUACCCGCGGCAGUGUAUCAUCCCACUGACUCGACAUGCAAGCGAAUAAAAGCAAGCGGAUAGUGUAAUAAUAAAAAUGC